AUGAGGGGAGGCCUAGUCGUUGGUACCAAAUCACCGACUGGGCAUUCACUCCUUCUAGCUUGUCGUUUCGAGCAGCCUUUCGAUCCAGAAAAUACACGAGGUGCAGAUCUCCAGCGAAAGCUCGAAAUGCUGAACUCCUCGAUGGAUCAAGAGGCACGUGCCGAGCAAGCGCGGAGGCAGAUCCUUUAUAACUUCGGACACUCUGGCUACUCCGAGGAUUCUGAUUAUACAUCAGAUCUGAAUUAUCCAGUGGGGGGUCAAGGUGCAAACAGUUCAGCAUCCCAAUUUCGUGCAGCGGCAAAUCAACUUGCAACACCCCAACGAUCACUGGAGACGUCUCGAGAGAAUAGCUAUGAACGUGACGAUCAUCAGAUUUCGGCGGGAACUGCGAAUCGGAUGGGUGGAAUUUAUGGAUAUGGUGGUAGAGGACACAGUCCAAGAUAUGAGCAGCCUUGUCCUGACCAAGGUCCCCUGCCUCGAGUGUUGCCUCAAGCCAGUGGAGAGUCUUCCGAGCCAUUAUUUUAUAACAGCAGACCAAGACAUUACAAAGAGUAUAGUCAAGAUGGCUGGUAUAGUGAGGGCUACGACUACCAAGGGCCGAGGAUCGAUGACACCCGAAUAUGCAGUGAUAACGAGUUUUAUCCGAGUAUCAACACAAGUUACAAAAGAAAAGUUCCACACAGGAGGCCAUCGCUGGAGCGUCAAACAACUCUCUACGAUGAGAUGUAUUACGGAACGGACACGUAUAUGAACGAUCUGAGUGCAUCAGAAAUGAGCGCCACAUAUCCGGAAUACAAGGCGAAUAACAAAUCGGAUGAUUAUUACAAUAAUAUAACCAGUUAUGCCUACGAAGCCGAAAGGUACGAUCAAGACGAUGAGGACAGACAGUGGGACAGCGGAGGAAGAUCCUAUGCGAGAGCCAACGUACACAAGCAAAACAAUAGAAAUCGAAAGACAUUACCCCAGAGACCGGCAUCAUCCAUUGGCAUCCAAAGACCGAAUUAUCGUCCGACAGUAACGCGGCAACAGAGCUAUGGAUCUGAUGAAGCUGAUGAAAGGAGCUACCACCCCCAGGCUCGUUCAGCCUUCCCCCAAGACGGAACCGGCACUGGAAAGAAACUCCCCCCAACCCCCUCAAAAUCCAGCAAUUCAACGGUGGGAAGGAAGCCCCUGUCAUUGCCAGCGACCCCAGGUCGCCAGUUACCCCGCACCUACGCCUCAUCAGUCGAGGACUAUUACACCCAAAAUUACAAUGAAGACUUCAAUUAUGCGUAUCAAAGUAGCCAGGAGCACCUGCAGGACAAUUACUUGGAAGAUAUUCAUAAAAAUCCCGAGUCCUCAAUUCCUCGUGAACAAGUGGCCGUGCACGACAAUCAGUUUGUGCCAGAUUACAUGACAGACACGACUCAUCAAUAUUCACAGGAGUUUAUGGAUUCACAAGAGGUCUACAGUGACACCCCCUACAUAGAUAAUUCAUACACGAAUGAUUACCAGGAUAUUUACACAUCUGCAGCAUCAGCACCACUCACUAACAAAUCAAUGCAUUAUGAUACUUAUCAAGAAAGCACAUAUCCAAGGACUAGUGAAUCGAUAGUUCAUCAGUACGGUAACAGUAGUGAAAAAAUGGAGAUUGAGGAGAACUAUCAUGCACCUCAGUACGAUAAAAAAAGUAUGAUUGAAUCGUAUGAAGAGCCGUCCAAGCACGAUAUUCAUCAUGAUUCUCACGCGGACUCAUCAUUCCCCAAGGAGAACUCAUUCGGCGACUCUUGCCAGCAGAAUUCAUCGCUUGCAUCGUACCAGCAGGAUUCUUUUCCAGAAUCAUACACAGACUCAUAUAAGGAUAACGAUAACUAUCACGAUUCGUAUGAACAGGACAAUAAUCUUGAAUCACACGAUUACCCAGCACCAAUAUGCACUAGUGCUUACGAUACGGAAAUUGUCACGUCUGUUAACGAUCAACGAUACAUACAGGAUAAUUACGACAACACUUACAAUAUUCCAUCGAGCACAUGCCAGCAGUCGUACAGUGAAUACAGCGAUAAUCGUGCCCAGGUUGUGCCGAGCACAACUCAAGCUGAUUACCAUCAAGAGUCAUUCAACAAUCAGCAAAACAAUUCGAUACACUAUCCAGUGUCGUAUGACCAAGAGAAUGUCUCAAUGGAAUACAAAAACGGUUACAAUGAUGAAAAUUAUACGAAUUAUGAGGAAUCUUAUCAUUCGUCAUAUCAGGAGUCAUUCAAAAAUAAUUACGAAAAUAUCAUUAAUGAAAGACAAACAAAUGAAGUGCCUGAAUUAUCGGUAACAACUCCACGAGGACAAACUAGAACCAAUGGGUAUCAGUCCAACAGUGAGUCCGAGUAUUUUUAUCCGAGUGAAGAGGAUCGCGAUGGUGCACCGCUGACUACAUCGAGGAAGAAAAAAUUGGGUAACCGUGAUGUUAGUCCACUACUCCAGCAGAAUACCGAUUCGUUGGAGUCUAGAGAUGACGAGCUGAAGGAUUCAUUUGAGACAGCAGUGAGUUCGGUAACUAGUAGUCAGCCGAGAAAGGGUCUCAGUGAAUACUCAACAGCUGGUGAGUCAAGUCCAGUUGCCCCUAUGCUCGUUGAAACUCCAACAUCUGCGCAAUCACCAGCUGUAACAAUGGCUAAUCAUAUCACUGCCCCUGAUGUCGCAGUUAAUGUCACAACUACUGCGAUGAUACAUUCAAACAUUACGACUAAUGGAAAAAAAUCACUGGCGAGAACAGAGUCAUAUCUCGAUGAUAAUUAUCAGGGUACAGAGGAUGAUGAGUACAUGGAGGUCUUCCCUAUUGGACUACAGAGAAAAGAUUCUCAAUUAUCACAGCAGAGUCAGCACUCCAAUUACUCGCAGAAACCAAAAUUGACGAGAGGCGAUUCUUAUGCGUCUGAUUACUACGACGAGACUUAUGAUGAAAGUAGGAGAGGCUCGUUUGAGGCUGAUUCUAAGUCAGAAUUGAGUAGGAAAAAUUCUUAUCAGCAGCAGGACUCGAGUAGAGGUGGCUCGUUGUACGGGAAAAGUAUAACUAAACCCCAGGCCAUAUCCAGAGCGGAGAGUUAUCAGCGGGGCUACUUUAAAGAUCAGGACUCGAUUGAUGAGACCGAGAUUGUCCUGAGCAGUGCCAUCAACGGAGAAUACAAAAUGCGAGAUGAAACGUUGGAGAGGUAUGAACGAGGUGAAGAGGCACUUGCUCAAGGAUCAAGGGAAAAUUCCUUGGUCGAACCUUACAAGAGUACCCCGCCCCUGUCACGAUCGGCCAGCCCGAGAGGGAGCAUCAUAAAGCAACCAUCCCUGGAGGAAAGUGUACAGAUGGAUACACCACCUAGAAGUCCCCCAGAACCUCCGCCGGACGAGGAACUGAUGGAACUCGUCGGUGCAGCGCCUGUUCCAACUCAACUGAAGGAACGACCUGAAAUGACUGCCAAGCAGCGAUGGCACUGGGCCUACAAUAAAAUCAUCAUGCAGCUGACUACCAAGACUGAUAGGAAAAGACAGAGAAAAUCAAUCACAAUGGAUAUUCGUGAAAAACCGACCGAAUGGGCACUUCUUUUCCCGUUAAAGGCGGGUUUAUUCGCCGUGAAGACCUCGAUAUCAUCGCGGACAAUCAAUCGAGGAAGGGAGGACGUCUUGGAUGGAAAGGAAGCGCGAAUGAGGAGUAAAAUGCGACGGGGCUCGUCUUUAUCGGAUUUGGACAAGCUCCACCGAAAAUCAAAUCAGCCCGAUGCUGCUGGAUCGAUGAAAAAUUGUUUCGAAUCGCUUCCACAAUCGCCGGCAUUAUCACGCGCCAAUUUACAAUUGAGUAGUGCUCAGGUGCGGGGGAGCAUCGGUGAUUUAAUGAAUAUGAAAAAGUAUGGCGAUUCAAAUUGGAGUGUUGAGAGUGAGAGUUUGAUUGCUAAAUUCAUUCCGCUGAGCACGGUGACGUCGCAACAGAAAUGCUCACCGACGGAAAGAGGUGAUGACGAUAGUGCGGACAAGAGUUGUGUAGAAACGGAAACACCUGAACUGCUCUCGUGUGCACGGAGAAUUAGAAAACUCAGUAGACUCAUCAAAAGCCAACGUCGGGCUGAAGUCAUAAAUUCUUGGACGUCAAGCGAAAAAAUCUGGAAACAUAGACUAGACAUGGAUUCAACGAGACUCGGUGGUCCUACAUCGGAAAGUGCUGAGACAGAGCAUGGUACGACAGUGCCAAGCUACACAACAAGUCUCACGGGUGAUGGUAACGUCGAUUACAUUAUCAGUGAUUACAUGGAGAGACUGGGAGAGCGUUUGAAUAUUCUCGAAACGGAAUUGAAAUAUGCUUGGAGAGCACUGGACCUCCUCAGCCAAGAAUACAUAAAGAUGUGGGAGAGAUUGGAAAAACUUGAGGGUCUAUUGUACGAACAGCAGACAGUAAUCAGUCAGUUGAUUGAAUUCUACGCGAGUACUGGUGACAACGAAAAUAGUAGUAAUAUUGUUGCUGAAACAUUGAUGAGACAGCAGGGUUCAGUUGGUGAAUUGGACGCGAUUGCCAAGAGUCUUGGGCCAGCAAUGGGAAUCGAGGAGACAAGUGUAUUGAGGGAGAAACUUGCGCAACAGGAGCUCGCGAGAAUGCAUGGUUUAGUGCAGAAUAAUAGCGGUACUGUAGCUGUUAUUGGGGAUAUGAAUAGAGCCAGUGGGAGACAACAUUUGGACGCCCUCGAGACGCUAGAAGAAGAGUCCAAUCUACCGGAUGAGGCAUUCUAUCGAAGUCUCAAUAAUGCCUACAGAGAAGAUCUCAUUUGCGGUGAGACAUCUAGAUCCAGUUCUCAGUUGGGAAUGAUAUGGGAGGAGGCCGAAGAUGUUGAAGAUUCAAAUGGAAAGAAGGAUACGGAAAUGGGGGUGUUUGGGGGAAAAUCUAGUGCCGAUAAUGAUGAUAUCGUCAACGAAACCCCGAGUAUGCAGACAGAGGAAUUUACUAAGGACGAGCUUGAUGAUAUACAGCUACAGCAGCGAACAAUGGACGAUGCUGAUGAAGAGGGGGAAAUAUUUAGCGCUGCUGAUUACAAGAGUUAUCGUGGAAAUACACCGUGCGUCAGUGAGCAAGAUCUCGCGCAAUUAUCAAAGCUCAGUUCUCUCGAUCAAGUUGCCCUUGAUCAACUUCAUACUAUCGAUAAGUUAACAAGCAGACUGCAAAAAGACUCACAAGAGCUUAUUGAGCUCAAUAGUAGACUCAUAGAAUCACCCAAAGGUCCAUAUAGUUCAGAGGCUGAAUCUAAAUUGGUGGAAGAAGCAAACAGCAUAGAUGAGCAAAUAAGAAAAAUUUACGCUGAGACUGAUGUUGAUAAUUGGACAUACUCCAAGAGUCCUGGGUCAACUGGCCGAUCUAUUUCAAGAGUUAGUACUGACAGUGGAUUAGCAACUGAUGGUGAUUUCACUGCUAGAUCCAUAUCACCAAGACUGAAUACUCCAAAGUCUCAUAUUGACUCAAUAGGAUCUACAUACACAUCACCUAGAAUUGGCUAUACAGGUUCAUCAUUAGAAAAAAGUCCCGAGCCGGUAGUUUCAUUACCCAUAGAUCCUGGCAAUUUUGCGAAAGGUUACGCUGAAAAUAAAGAGCUCACAGAUUUAAUGGCUGAAAGCCUCGUUCCCAUCACCUGCACAUCGCCAACUAUUUUCGGUGUUAAAACCGAUAAAUUACCAUCGCCCACAUUAUCGGCAGGAAGUGUACAGAGUAUUCACAGUGUACAAAGUCUGCGAACUCGUCGCGACGGUUAUUUCGAUGGUUCAGCUAGACUGAAUUUAGAAUUUUCAGAAACAAGAACGCCUCCAAGCUCUCCCCCGCCACCAGCACCUAGAGAUCCUGCCGAUGCAUUCCUCAUGUCCACCGGGACAGAUCAACAUGACAUAAAAACUACUGGAAAAAUUGAACAAGACAGAUUGAGUCCUCACUCACCCAAGUCACCAAAAGUUUCCCCAAAACAAACAGCUAAAGUUGUUGGUUCCAGUAUUAACAUUAUGAAUGCAAAAUCAGACUCUGGUUUAUCUUCUAUGAGCGGUUGGAGUAGCCUUGACAAGUCACCGGGCUCACCAAAAACUUCUCUCGCUAAAAUAUUCACGCCUUAUUCGUUGGAACAAACAAGGCCUAAUUUGAUCAAUGAUAAUAAGCCAUUGAGAUCCAGUCCGAUUCCGCCGGGCUCAGAUAAAUCGGGAGUGACGACGAGUGCACCAACCAUCAUUCAGGAGCCCUUAUAUGACACACCCGAGGGCAGAGACACAUUGAAUAAUCUCACGGGCUCUGCGUACGCAGCCAAAUCUGCAAAUCACUCGUCUCAUCUGUACUCAACAAAAUCACCAGAUGCCAAGGACGACUACAAUAUUGUACCUCCUCCAGCGCCUAGUCCAGCUGCUGCUGUGAGUCCCAAAAAACGUCUGAGAACACAGAGUCUUCAACAUACUUAUGACUCUGUCCCUCCCGGCACGAUGGAUUUCCUCUAUGGCCAAGAGCAGCCAGCCAUCUACUCAGUUGCGGGAAGUAAUCGUCAAAAUGUCAUUACUGGAUUGUACACGAGUGGAUCAACUACUAGCGGUGCAUACGGAUCGAGAAUAACGAGCACCGAUCAAUUUUACAACGACGAAGAAGCAGAUCAAUGUAGGGCUAGUUAUCCAGAAUCUUACAGCGCCCUUCAGUACGCAGAAUCUUCCUUGGGUCAGGGACGAAAACCAACAAGAGCAAUGUCCUUCGGCGAAGGAAUAAGUAAUCACGAGAAUUAUAAAGCAUCUGUUUACAAGAAUAUGUUCAUCACUGGUCACAUUACAGACGCCCUCUCUUAUUAUCCAACGUCAGUGAACCUUCCGUGCACAGAGCCUAAUGAAAUUCCUUGGCUCAAUACAAUGGAAUCUCAAAUACCUCAUGACUCCACAUCUUCGAGUAUAAGAUCCUUGACUUCUGAUGGCAGCUAUACCCAAAGUCCAUACACCGAGAGGAGAUAUCCACAGCCUCCCACCUACAUUGGCCAUCAAUAUCAUCACCCUUACACCUCCCAGCAGUAUCCGCAGACUUAUCAGCAGCAGUAUCAACCUUACAAUCAAAGGUUACAAAGUUCGGAGAGCGUUCAGCUGACCGACCAUCAUUACCAAAAGCAAUGGCAGAGAGAGCACCAUCAAUAUUUACACGAGCAAGAUUCAUCUAGGCCAACUAGCGCACAAUCCCAGAGUCAACAGAACAACUACUACGAUGCAUCAAACGUUAUUGUGUCACAAUCUGGUUACAUCAGUAUUGCUGCAGACAUCAAGGAACACGAAGUUGCUAAGAUGCCAAAGAAAGUUCGUCGCGGUGCAUCAUUAAAAAAUGCGAUGACAUCUAUGAGCCACUGGCUGCCUGAUCUUCAUCACUUGACAAAAAGGCACAGAAGUCAGUCUUUACCUGGUGAAGUGAAAAAAGACGAUUUGGAUAUAUCUGAUCCGUCACACCAAAUUCUCCCUCAAGCGAGUAUUCCCGCACGGGGCCGUGGAAGACCGGGGCAAGCAGCGAGAAAGAAGAAAAAACACAUUCUGGUAUCAACGGUAUCUGGGAUUCUUCAGAAAGCCAAAAGAAAGAGCCACCACCACUCGUCAUCCCUCUCUGACCCAGAGCAAUCUGAGACCGAGUGGAGCAGUGGCCGACAGAGUGGCUUAUCUGAGGACGAGGACAGCUUAACGUCCGAUGUUAAUCAAGAUCCACCCUUUUUCGCUAAAGUACGAGCAAGUACAAAGAGAAAAGGACUGCCAGUAUCGCAAUCGGCAGAGCCCCCACCUCUACAAUCCCCAAGUCAACCAUUGCAGUCACCACAACAGGCUCAAUUAUCGAACUUCCAGCAGCAGAAAGAUUAUCUUCAACAGCAGAUUCAGCAGCACCAAGAGCAACUUCAACAACAGGUUGCCCAAGAUAAUUGGCAGAAAGAGCGUGAAACGAGGUCCAUCAAGCACGAAAACAGUGAGCAUGAUUUCUCGGAGGAUAAUUUGGCCGGACCUGAUGACGGCCAGGAGUUCGGUUCGGGAAAGAGUACGGGAUCGGGAUCCGGAGGGUCAAUGACAAUGUUUCCAACGGUCGGUGACAUUAAAAAAUCGACUGGCAGUUCCGACGAAGGACCCAACGAAAAGACAUCAAAACUUCCGCCUGUUACAUUAAUGGGCGGUGCCAGUAUGGAGUUCGCUGUCUCCAGAGCUUUGGGAAAGUAUCGUCAACGACAGUCUUCUACAGUAUCAGACGAUCAGCCAAUGAUUGAAGAUCUUUCUGGCGAUAGAAAGUCAGAAGACGAUCAGAUGCAAGCAGAUAUCAAAGAAGAAACCAAUGAGGUGGAACAGCAGUCAUCAAUUGAGGAAAAGAACGACAAGCUGCCGAGUGCAAAGCCUCCGGAAUUGGUGACAAGUCUGUCGGAGGAGGCACCAAUAUCAGAGGGAAGUCCAUCGGCCUCCAGUACUCGAGGAUACAUUGGCAACAGAUUCCUGCCUAGACAUCAACAAUCACUGGAGAUCCCUUGGGGAGGAUCUCGUAGUGGCGAAGGAGAUGAGGAUAACAGAAGCACCCACUCGUACAGAAGUACAUCUAGAGUAUCCUCUCGGCGUCAAAGUACGGAAGAUUCAAUUGAUUCUGAGGAUGAAUGGUAUUGCUACGAAUUGAGAAAGCUGGAAGAAAUGGAGAGACAGUCACAAAUGGAGAUUGAAAUGGGCGAAGUACUGAUCGAAGUACCAGAAGACGUUGAGCCUUAUCAACCGGACGAGGACGUAAAAGAGAGAAUGUCCUUCGUUUUGCGGGAACUUAAGCUGAAAGCCAUAUCGAAAGACAGUGAAGAUUUGAAAAAUGAAGAUGAUAUCGCUCGAAGAAGUACCGGGAUCAAUGGAAAAAUAUCGGUCUCAGCGAAGGACAAGCAGUCGGAGGACGAUGGAAAGCCAAUUCCCAAGAAAAAAACAGCGGAAAGUAUCGAAACAGUAUUUGCAAGGGUCACCGACUACCACACCUGGGCACAUGAAGAAGAAGCUAGGCGCGACGAAACGAGGGCUCUACUGCCGAUGGAUGAUGAGGGCUCGUCAGGAGAAACAUCAGGACCAGACAGUCCUGCCCAUUCGAUGGACGAGCUGGAGGAGGAGGAGCUAGAUCUCCGUAAAGAUUUGGAAGAGCAGUCGCGAAGAAGUUCCAGCGGUUCCACCAUGCGACGCGACGGUGACAAGCUUCUCCAGGGCUCCGAUUCUCUGUCACGUGAAGGUAGCGUAAGUGUAGCACCUAGCGAAGUCUCGUUCGGUAUCCCAGGUCAAUGGGAUUCUGAAAGCACUGUCGUUGAAGGCGAACGAGAUGGCGCUGGCAGCGCAGAAACAACUACCCUUAGUCUUCCAAAGAUCAAAAUCGAUUCGUCGUCCUGCGGUAGUUCCGACACUACAUUGAAGGAUGAACAGGUCAGUCCUGGUGGUCCACCGGGAUCACGAUGGAAGCUCCUCAAAACACUAAAAGAACGUAAGGCUGGCGAUAAACUUAAGGAACUAGAGGAGGCUGCAGCUAAGGAGAAUGCUUUAUCACAAUCAACAGCAAAUGGCAGCGGUGGAGAUGGAGAAGCUGGAGGUCGAGCGAAUGGGCGAGCGGGAGAGAAUACUUUCUACAGCACUAUCGAUAGCCGGCCGGACAUUCGACCGCGUCGAAAAUCAAUACCAUUGGUCUCCGAGCUGGUCUUGAAGACGAUGGCAGCAACUAAACGAAAUGCAGCUGGAUUGACUUCUGCCGUGCCCAGAGCAACAUUAAAUGACGAAGAAUUGAAAAUGCAUGUCUACAAGAAGACUCUGCAGGCCAUGAUCUAUCCGAUUUCGUCGACGACACCUCACAACUUUGUCACGUGGACGGCAACAUCGCCGACAUAUUGUUACGAAUGCGAGGGUCUUCUUUGGGGUAUUGCGAGACAGGGUGUCAAGUGCAUGGAAUGCUCUGUCAAAUGUCACGAAAAGUGCAAGGAUCUACUCAAUGCUGACUGCUUACAAAGAGCUGCCGAGAAAAGUUCAAAACACGGGGCUGAGGAUAAAGCGAACAGCAUAAUAACAGCUAUGAAGGAGAGAAUGAAACAGCGAGAGCGAGAAAAACCUGAAAUUUUCGAGCUAAUACGCACUACAUUUUCAGUCGACCCGGAUACUCACAUUGACAGCCUCGAGCAGGCAGAGGUGAUGGUCCUGGAAGGCACCAGCAAGUGGUCAUGCAAAAUCGCCAUCACAGUGAUUAGUGCACAGGGGCUCAUCGCCAAAGACAAGAGCGGCACAUCAGAUCCAUAUGUUACGGUGCAGGUGGGCAAAGUGAAAAAACGUACAAGAACAAUGCCACAGGAUCUCAACCCGGUUUGGCAUGAGAAGUUUUACUU